AUGCCCAAGGUCCAAAACAAGACUCUUAUCUUCAAGAAGAUUCCCACGGGCUACCCCGUCCCGGGUGAGCACCUCGUCGUCGAGGACCGUGGCUUCGACACCGACGCCGCUCCUCCCCCGGGUGGUAUGACCGUCUCCAUCCUCUACGCCUCCUUCGACCCCUACCAGCGCGGCCGCAUGCGUGACGCCAGCAUCAAGUCCUACGCUCCCGCUUACCCCCUCAACGGGCCCGUCACCAACGACACCGUCGCCAAGGUUCUCAAGUCCGACAACCCCGACUACAAGCCCGGCGACCUGGUGGUUGCCCACCUGCCCAUCGCCGAGUAUGCCGCCCUCACCAAGGAGGAGGUCGGUGAGGUCAUGGGUGGCAUUGUCGGCCAGCUUGUGCAGACCAAGAUCGACAACAAGUACAACUUCAAGGACCUCGGCCUCUUCCUCGGUCCCCUUGGCAUGCCCGGCCUGACCGCUUGGUCGUCGUACAAGGAGAUCGGCAAGCCCAAGAAGGGCGAGACCAUCUUCAUCAGCAGUGCUGCCGGUGCCGUCGGCCAGGUCGUCGGCCAGGUCGCCAAGCGCGAGGGUCUCAAGGUCAUUGGCUCCGUCGGCAGCGACGAGAAGCUGGACUUCAUCAUCAACGAGCUCGGCUUCGAUGGCGGCUUCAACUACAAGAAGGAGAAGCCGCUCGAUGCCCUCAAGAGGCUGGCGCCCGAGGGUAUCGAUAUCUACUACGAGAACGUCGGUGGUGAGCACCUCGACGCUGCCCUCGAGACCCUCAACCUGUGGGGUCGCAUUGUCGCUUGCGGCAUGAUCUCCCAAUACAACGCCAAGCCCGAAGAGCGCUACGGCGUCAAGAACCUCAUCCACGUCUUCGCCAAGCGCCUCGAGAUGCGCGGCUUCAUCGUUUUCGACAAGGACUUUGGCCCCAAGUACUGCAAGGAGCACCAGGAGCAGCUCUCCAAGUGGAUUGCCGAGGGCUCCGUCAAGGUCAAGCUCCACGUCACCGAGGGCAUCGACAACGCCGCCGAGGGUCUUCUUGGUAUCUUCCAGGGCAAGAACUUUGGCAAGGCUGUUCUCCACAUCAAGGAUGAGUAA